AUGUUGCAUCACAAGCUCUCAAAGCGCUUCGCCGCAGGGGAUGUAAGUGCUACUGGACGAUUGUCGUGCAGGCAGGUCACCACGUUCUUCUUCGGCUUGGAGCAGUAUGGAUUCAUUAAUACCUGCCUGAAAUCUCUGCUAGUAGAGAACUUUGGUGAAGAUACAUGGGAGGCCUUGAGAGCACAGGCUGAAGUUCAAGACACCUUUAUAACCUACCAGGUUUACGAUGACGUUAUCACACUGAGUCUUCUGCAGGCUUCAUCUAACAUGCUCAACCUAUCCACUGAGGUGCUUUUGAAACUCUUUGGAGGAUAGUUCUUCACUUUCUGUAAGGUGUCUGGCUAUGACAGGAUGCUACGCACACUGGGAGGAUCACUGAUGGAAUUCAUUGAAAAUUUAGAUGCUCUUCACAGUUAUCUUGCACUGUCAUAUCAGGCAAUGAGAGCACCGUCUUUUCGAGUGGAAAUGAGGGACGAUGGAGAGAUGUGGCUUCAUUAUUAUUCUGACAGGAAGGGGCUCUACCAUAUCGUCCCAGGGAUAAUAGAAGCUGUAGCAAUAGACUUCUUUGAAACCGAGGUGGAGAUGGAAAUCCUGAACCGGUCAGAAGAGGAAGAAUGCACAGAGGAAAAGGAGCAUGUGAUUUUCCUUGUCGUCCAGAAGAAAUGCCCAAGGAGAAGGAGGGAGAGGCUGGAAGGCAACUCGCAAUCCACAGGGAGGGAGAUGGACAGAAACCAGUCACAGAUCAAUGUUAAUGCGAUGGCUGACAUUGAGAAGCAUCUGAUCAAGCUAAAGGAACAACAUCGUGCACCGUCCCAUAGGUCUGGGAGAAGUACAUACUGGGACAUUGUCAGGAGUGUUGUGAAAUUAGGUUAUGGUAACUUGCUGUACUCCUUUGAGCCAGUUUAUCCGGAGAAGCUCUGGAUCGACAACAAAGCUUUCUGUGACGCAUUCCCUUUCCAUAUUGUCUUUGAUAAGGAGCGAAGGGUGAAGCAGGCAGGAGUGAACAUCCAGAAGUAUGUGCCAGGGUUACAAAUGAAGGACAUUAAAAUCGAUGAGUACUUCACUAUCACCCAUCCAGCAGUGCCGCUUACCAUUUCCAGCAUAAGAAAGUUUAUUAACAGCCAGUUUGUACUGAAAACUCGGAGAGAAAUGAUGCCGGUGUCUUGGAGAAGUCAACCAAUGCUGAAACUUCGAGGGCAGAUGCUGUGGAUGGGAUCCAUCCAGUGCAUGAUCUACUUGUGCUCGCCACAACUGCGCUGCGUCCAGGAACUGGAGGAGAGGAAGAUGCAUCUUGCUGAUAUUGCCCAACAUGACACCACCCGAGACCUCAUCCUCCUCAACCAGCAGCGGCUGGCUGAGAUCGAACUGUCCAAUCAGCUUGAGCGCAAGAAGGAAGAGCUUCAGAUCCUGUCCAAGAACCUGGAGGUGGAAAAGAAAAAGACUGAUGUGCUGCUGUAUGCCAUGCUGCCCAUUAACACUGCCACCCAGCUUCGUGUCAUCCGCAAACUUGCUUCAGGGGACUUCAAAGAGUGCACCAUUCUCUUCAGCGACGUGGUGACGUUUACCAGCAUCUGUGCUGCUUGUGAGCCCAUCGAGGUUGUCCACACGCUCAAUUCCAUGUAUUCCCGAUUUGACCGCAUAACGUCAGUCCAUGACGUUUACAAGGUGGAAACAAUUGGGGAUGCCUACAUGGUUGUCGGUGGGGUUCCAGUACCCGUAGCAAGCCAUGCAGAAAGGGUUGCCAACUUUGCCCUGGGAAUGAGGAUUGCAGCAAGAAAGGUGAAGAACCCAGUUACUGGGGAUUCAGUUCAGAUCCGGGUUGGCAUUCAUUCUGGACCCGUCCUGGCUGGAGUGGUAGGACAGAAGAUGCCGAGGUAUUGUUUAUUUGGUGACACAGUUAACACUGCCUCAAGGAUGGAGAGCCAUGGAUUUUCCCUGGCAAUCCAUCUCAGUGCAUCAGCGAAUAGAGCACUGCAGAAGAAAGGUUUUGAAAUAGAGGAAAGGGGGGCGAUUACAGUGAAAGGUAAAGGAAAGAUGAUCACCUACUUCCUUGUCCAGAACCUGGGUGCCACAGAGGAAGAAAUUAUGGGACAGCCAUUGACAGCCAAUGGAGAGAAUUCGAACGAAACUGCUGAGAGCAGCAAGGGGAAAUCAACCCAUAACGGUGGAGAGGUCAGCACAUCCAAGUGUAACAAGAGCCCAGAGAAUAGUGCAGAGUCUAGGGAAGAGGCUGGAGCAAAGUCAGGACUGGACCUGAAUAAUGAGGAGCAUCUCAAUGUGGAAAAUGGAAAGUCAGAGUUCUGUGUCAUGUUGUAA